GUACGGCUUACCCCCUCACCCUUUCAGGAAUCCAAAAGCAGGACCGGGCUGGUAAUCAUUAGUUUGUGCAAGUAAAGCCUACCAUGCUUAGCCCGAUACAACAACGAGAACAGGGUAUCUUUUUGACGGGAAUGGGACUGGCGUUCACCGUAGCGGCGAUAAUAACCUGGACAAGAAGGGUUAGCAAGAACAAAAAGGCAAUCAUCCAACUCUUCCCGCUGUUGUUAUCGUUCACAGUGCAAAUAUUGAUGUGCAGCAACGCCGUUGACCUCCUCGAAACGAAAAUCUCAAAGAAAACGAUGGUUACGGCCUUUCUAUCGAGUAACUGCAAUGACCUUUUGCAAUACUGUUUUACGUACUUUACGGCAAUCCGCUUGCUUUCCCUCAUCCCCCCGCCGCAAGUACGCAAUAUACUGUUCGUCAAAUUGUACUGUGCGGCAAUCGUUGCGCUCUAUUUUAUCGACCAUGUGGCCAGUUUCGUCGCUCUCGGAAAAUCCGACAUGGACUUGAUAAAGUUCCUGUAUAGUUGGGAAUUCAACAAGCUCGGCAAACUCUCCACCCUAAUCGGCUUACUGAUGUACCUCGUCAUGGUAUUCAGUGUAGAUCUAUGGUUGAUCAUCAAGAUCAGAAACUGUCAGAAAGCGAUCCACAGCAACGUAAAAAUCAGGUCCGGCCAUACACAAUCCCUCAUCAUCCUCCUAAGUUUGGCAGUCAAAGUUGCCGAAUCCGUGUACAAGCUCCACAGCGUCAUCGAAUCAUAUACCGGAAUGGACUCUUACAUGAGAAGUCUAAACGCGGCGGUCGAGAUUUGGUCCGUCACCGAGCUCGGUAUAACAGUCGAAGAAAUCUUGAAUAGCGGCAAAACCAACAGUCUCAGUAAAGGAAAUGAAACCCAUGAGCAAUUCAGCAUUCAAAAACAGAAUUCUGUCAAGAGGCUACCUGGUAGCACGGCUGUACUCCCAUCAGUGGUGUCAAAGGAAGGAGUUUGUUAGUGAUAUUCGACACUUGAGAGGUUUUGUAAACAAAGAACGUGGAGGCACCGGACUGAUAGUGGACCUUAGGAAGAUACCCCCUUAAACAGACCCAACAUGUACUAGACUAUGUAGCAAUAGAAGUAUUACGCUGGUAUGGAAGGAAUAUCCAGCUUGUUACCAUUAACAAAACAUAAUACUACUGCCUUUAUGGCAAAUAACGCAAUGUA